GGACCGACACCUAAUUGCACAGUGAGGAUGCAACACAGAAUAUACCUUCCUCUUGAAUGCGAAAUUCUUUUCUUCUCUCGGUGAUUCCCAUCGUCUCUAUACCCCAGUUCGCAUUCCAAUACAGACUGCUUUUCUCCCUCCAUCUCUGUAUCCCUCUCAUCCAGCAAGCCAUGGAACUUUUGUGGGAGUUUGCUCUGACUCUAGUUGUUUCUUUUCUGCUUCCGUCAAUUUUCUUUAAGCUCUUCUCUGUUGCUUCCAGUGAUGACGUAGACGAUAAAGUGGCCAUGGCUUCUCGCGAUCAUGGGGUUCCAUCAGAUGAUAUUCGCAAAACAGAGGAGGUUGUUCUGAUCGCUAGAAACUACGAAGAAUUUAAAGGUGAAUCAAUUGUCGGCAAGCUGUUGGAGGCGAAUUGCGGAUCCCCCAAAAUACAUGAUGCCAAGAAGAUUGAUGAGAACGGAGUUUUCAGUGGAAUUGAAGCUGUGGAAUCAACAGAGAAUCAUGUUGAUGAAAGCAGCCAGAGGAGUCAGGCAAGCGAAGUGGAUGAAGAGAUUGAGAUCUCGAACCCGGAUUACGAUGGGAAUUGCAAUGAGAUUGAUGAGUCUAGUAAGAAGGGAACGGAUGACGAAGAAAGGGAAGAAUGGUUGGAAGAGGAUGAUUGGGAGGGAAUAGAGAGUACUGAAUUGGAGAGGCUUUUUGGUGCUGCAGUUUCGUUUGUUGAAUCCAAGAGCAAUGCUAACCGAAUAGCGAAUCUUGGCAACGAUGUAAAGAUGCAGCUAUAUGGAUUUCACAAGAUCGCCACUCACGGGCCUUGCCAGAAACCUCAGCCAAUGGCACUGAAUUUUUCCGCCCGAGCUAAAUGGAAUGCUUGGCAGCAACUUGGGGUUAUGAGUCAAGAGCAAGCAAUGGAGCAAUAUGUCACUGUUCUUUCAAAUAAGAUUCCUGAUUGGAUGCCAGAAAAUUCCAUUGCAAAAGAU